GAGACCAGUCCAAUAGAAUUCUUAUAUAGGCGGGUUUUUAGGCGGAAGUCGCACGUUUUUGUGUUCUGUGGCUUGCUUCUUAUUCAAGUGUGUGGUUGGCAGAAGCUCGUUUAAUAAUUAAUCAUGGCGAGCCAGGAGAUGCGGUUAAAUCACACGAUUUACAUCAACAACUUAAAUGAAAAGAUCAAAAAAGAUGAACUGAAGAAGUCGUUGUAUGCUAUAUUCUCCCAGUUUGGACAAAUUCUGGACAUCCUUGUUUCUCCUACACUGAAAAUGAGGGGUCAGGCCUUUGUGAUCUUUAAGGAGAUCAACAGUGCUUCAAGUGCACUCCGCUCUAUGCAAGGCUUCCCAUUUUAUGAUAAACCUAUGCGUAUUCAGUAUUCAAAGCAGGACUCUGAUAUCAUUGCAAAAAUGAAGGGCACAUAUGUGGAGCGAGACCGUAAGAAAGAGAAGAGAAAGCCUAAAGCCCCUGAAGCAGGUGCUGGGAAGAAGGCUUCUGCUGCCACAGCUGCUAUGGCCGGAGUACCUGCAGCCAUACCUGGAAUGCCACCCAUGAGCCAAGCCCCUCGCAUGAUGCCGAUGCCCGGUCAGCCUCCCUACAUGCCUCCGCCUGGUAUGAUGCCUCCUCCUGGCAUGGCACCCGGGCAGAUGCCUCCAGGUGCUAUGCCUCCAGGUCAGAUGAUGCCAGGACAAAUGCCUGGCCAGAUGCCACAGCAGGUGUCAGAAAACCCUCCCAACCAUAUCCUGUUUCUCACCAAUCUCCCGGAGGAGACGAACGAGCUCAUGCUGUCUAUGCUGUUCAACCAGUUUCCCGGAUUCAAAGAAGUCCGUCUUGUCCCGGGUCGUCAUGACAUCGCCUUUGUGGAGUUUGAUAAUGAGGUGCAGGCGGGUGCAGCCAGAGAAGCUUUGCAAGGCUUUAAGAUCACACAGAGCAAUGCAAUGAAAAUCUCGUUUGCAAAGAAAUAACGUUCAUGUAUAUGCAGCUUCUAUGAAAAAUGGCAGUUAUACACAGGCCUGCAUUUAGAAACCACUGACCCCUUGGGACAGUUCAGGCUGUUUAAUUUAGGAUGAAUAGAUUACAUGCACACCUUUCAAAAGAAAAAGUCCAGAGUUGAAAUGUGAAUUCUUAUUUGAUGGGACAUGCCUAGCUGUGCCCUUUAGAUUUGUACUGCAUGAUGCAAGGUAAGGAGUGAAUGGAAAGGUGUACCCUCCCCCCACUUCAUCUUUUAACUUUUAUUUCCUCUUCUGAGAUGGUCGGCUUUGGUGAGUUUGUAAGUAUGCAGGGUUUUUUUUUUUUUUUUGUUUGUUUUUUUAAUUCCAAAUAUGUAAAAGCAUUGCACCCAGAGUCUGGUCCCCAGACAUUAUACCUGGAGCUUUGAUGUUUUUAUUAAAUCACAAUGUUUUUCA